CCACCCUUGAAUCCAACAUAGCUCUGUUUCCUUUUCUAUCGUCGCUCAACCCCUCGAGGCCUCUCAGCUACUACAUAUACUGCAUCUACAAGCAUGUCGUACUCUCUGCGCAAUCGCAAUGCCCUAAUCACCGCCGGCUCUCGGGGACUGGGCGCCGUCGUGGCCCAGAAGUUCGCGGCGGAAGGAUGCAACGUCGCCAUUAACUACGUCUCGAGCAAGGAUGCUGCCGAGAAGUUGGCGUCGGAUCUGCAGGCCCAGUACAACGUCAAAGCCAUUACAAUCCAGGGUGAUGCAAGUCUCCAGAGUGAUUGCAGCAAGACUGUCAAAACCACCAUCGAACAAUUGGGGGGUCUGGAUAUCGUAGUGUCAAACGCUGGCUGGACCAGAAUUACCCGGUUCGCAGAUUUGGAUGCCACGAACGAGGAGGACUGGGACAGGUGCUGGUCUACCAAUGUCAAGGGCAAUCUGUGGCUUUUCAAAGAAGCUCUCCCGACAUUCAACGCAAAUCCCGAGGGUGGUGUGUUCCUCAUCACCUCUUCGACCGCGGCUGUCACGGCGAUUGGGAGUAGCUUGCCAUACUCCGUGACAAAAGCAGCAGGGCUGCACCUCAUGAAGUGUCUUGCGCAGACACAAGGCAACAAAGUCCGGGUCAACGCCGUUCUGCCCGGGCUUUUACUCACCGAAUGGGGUCAACGGUUCCCUGCUGAGAUUGUCGAGCGCUACAAGGAGAAGGCGGUUCUCAAUCGAGUGGUCGACGUUGAGGACACUGCCAACGCAUACGUGAUGCUCGCCAAAAACUCAUCGAUGACGGGACAGUCAAUCCAAAUCGAUUCCGGUCUUGCUAUAAAAUGAUCAAAUGCGUCUGGAAAUUAGAAACAAACUCGUCGCUGGCGAGCGCACUUUCAAAGGCCAAUUCAGCAUUCUAUUAUUAUUAUGGUAUCAGUUGUGAGCAGAGAUGAU